AUGGGGGAUGAGAGCAGCCUGACCCGGCAGAUAGAGAGUGUGGAGAGGAGUAUGGUCUUCCUCAGACAGGAGCACCUCACUCUGCUCCACGGCCUCCACCUGGAGAUCCUCUCCCUGCAGAAACGAUGCUCAGGUGAGGGACACACUACAGUCAAGCCGUGUAUGCUGCAUUCACCCAAAGAUAUUUUAUCCCUAGUGCAUAUGUUUGAGUGUGUGUGUGUGUGUGUGUGUGUGUGUGUGUGUCUUUGUCUGUUGGGGAGCAAAGAAACUUUAAUGUGACCCCUAAAGAGGGCUCAAACCAUCAGGUGAUGCUUUUUAGAGUAUUGGCUGUAACAAUUUGCCACAAUGAAUCCUGUAAAACUCAAAUCAAAACAUUAGUCUGGUUGUCUUAAUUGUCAAUAUAUCCUCCCAGAUAUGUAUUUAGACUGGUACCAUGGUGUAGGUGAUAUACAGAUCCCAGAAUACAUGAAAUUUACUGCCAAUAAGGCCAAAUGUGAUGAAUAAAAUAGAUGUCAUAUGAGAAGCAAUUGUCACAUUAUUCAAGGAUUCAAGAAACUUUAUUUGUCAUACCCCACACCUUUGACAGACUGUGGUAUGAAGUUAGUACCCAGAUCCGAUUCCAAGCCAAGAAUAAAAGUACAAUACAAUAAAUAAAAUAUAAUACAAUAGCUAAGAUACAAUACAUGCUCUAUAUAUUAAAGAUAUAAAGAUAUUUUUCCGCCUUUCUUUGGAUUAUUUUAUUUAAUUUUAUGCAUCUUGUUUGUCAGAAUCUGUUUCUCUGUGAAGCAGCAAGAAGGAUGAGAUUAACUCUCAUUUGAUGGACCGUAUUACCCAUAUUUUAUUUUGGCGGGAGCACGUUAUUCACAGUCUCCUCUCAAUUUGAGUGCAAAAGUGGUCUUAUUGUUCCUCCGUUUUCCUCGUGUGCAGGUUUUUGUGUGUGUUUAUGUGUGUGUUCACCAUCAAUCAAUGCUAGACAGUGACUACAUGAUGAUGUCAUGCCACACUUCCUGUAGAUUGCAUCAUUUCCUGAUUCGAGCCUAAUGGAUAUGAUGCCAUUUAAUCAAGGCAGGGAGCUCGCGUGAACAAACACACACGGACACACGCUCAAUUAUUCGUGAGAGUGGUGGUGGUCGAGCUAAUGUGGUUUAUAUCCUGAAGGUUUUCCUCAGUGUUGCAUAUCCAAACUCACAUCCACAUUAACUUAACCUGGUUAUUAUUUAACUUUGACCAUGAAACCCGAACAUUUCACCUUGUAGAGGUCAGCUCUGUGUCUGCGCUGUGAAGGGAUUUGCUCUGAUAUCAGUUAACUGUUUGUUGGAAAUAUAGUAAAUGUUGAUGCAUGCUUACUCCCAUGCAAAUCACACACACACACACACAGUAUGCACUUAGAAAGAUCUGCACCCCCAUAUCCAUCAUGGUUAAUCCAUUGAUCCUUUAGCCUUAGUAAUCCAUACAAGCAGGAUUGCAGAUAACAAAUAGAGGAGAGGAGAGAAGGGGAGGGGUGUUGUGUUUCUAUUUGCGUGUUUGUUUGUGUGUGUGUGUGUGUGUGUGUGUUAGAGAGACAGGGAGAGAGAGAGAUGGGAUGAGUUGGCUCUGAGCCAGUGUGACUGGUUGAGUAGAAAAAGACCCUCCAUCAAUUACAGCUCUGUGGCUCUAUCACAUCUGGUCAAUGAAGCUGUGGAUGUGUGUUUGUGUGUGUGUGUGUGUGAGUGUGUGGUUUUUCGAGAGAGAUGAACAGUAAGAAAAAGCACCAACAAGAAAGGAGUGUGUGAGUGCAUUUAUCUGUUUACUCCAAUAGAGUCCUAUUCCGACGGGGGUGCAAUCACAGAUUUUUUCAUCAUCUGCACCGAGUAAUAAAUACAUUAAUGCUCACAAGAAGUCAAUAUCAGUGUCCCAACCUGCAGUAAAAGUGGUAUUUUUCAAAAAUGAUUGAUAAACUCAUAAGAAGUCUCUACUCUUCACAUGAAGACAUUAUACGUAGGACACCUUACUCUGAAAAAGACCCCGUGUUCAGAUUUGACUCAGAUUUGAUCUGAGUGGCCUGAGGGUCUUAUGAGUACCAGAUCAAAUUUUUUUGCCAGCUCUCAUAGAUUAUUUAGAUAAGAUACGAUAAGAUAAGAAAAACGUCAUUGAUCCCCAAAAGGAAAUCCAAUAUUAGCAAAGUUUGAAGCAACAUCUUUGACAAACACCUUAAGUGUACUGAUGUGUGGUGUAGCCAGGGUUCAAGCAGCAGUGAUAAACAAGUCUUUGGACUCUGAACUGUAUUCCUACAGAGAUAAUGUAGGCUGAUUUGUUCAUUGUUGUGUUAGUUUUUUAUAGUUGUAAAACUCGGGCAGGAGCGUCAUCUGCUAAACACCAAGUUUUGAUAUACAUUAAUAUAUAUUUAUUGUUUUAUUUCAAAAAUAAUUUAUUUUCAAGUUUUGGCACAUCCAAAGUGCAUCUUUACAGUGCCUGUAUGGAUGUGAAUGUGUCAUCCUUAUUAUUUUGGUAGUAUAUUGCGCUGAUUUCUCAUUGCUGUAAAAGUAAAGUGGGCCAUAUGUAGAGCCUUGAGGGACUCCAUGCUCAAAUUUCUAAGACUGAGUGGAAUAAUUUAGAUAAAAUAGUAUCCUACAGAUAAAACUGUACAUAGCUUAGUUAUCCUGAUGCAUAAAAAGAAAACCAUACCAAAGUCCAGAUCAGUUUUAGGUGCGUAUAACACACUCUCAAAGAAGAACAACAAAAUAUCCGGUAAAACAUGAUGUGAAAAUCAACAAAGAAAACAGGAAGUACCAAACCCACCCCUACUGUCUUCAUCUGCCCCCUGCCUCACAACUGAAUAAGUAAAAAUAAUAAAACUACACCAUAUUAUGUCUUCAGCUGACCAACCUACACAAAUCGCACCGGCUUAAUAAAAUAGGGUUCAAACCAGGCUAGUACUAUUACAGAAAAUCAGAUCCUCUUACUGUCCUUCUAGCUAUAAAUACUCUGAGCCAGACUGUGUUUAAUGCAACAAUUCUAUUUUGUUUUAUCAAGACUGAAAUUUAAAUGACUGUCUCUCUGAACAGUAAGAAAAGUAUUGUCUGCUCUGUGGUCUGUAACAAAUCUGUAGAACUUGAAAACAACAGCUUGAAGGCACAUUGUGUCUGGGAUUUAACGGGAUUAUUUAGCUAUGUUUGGAAAGAGUAGACUCUAGAUCGAAACAUGCUCCCCUUCUGCCACAGAGGGGACGUUGGCCUUUAUCUGAUAAACCCCCUGAGAUGCAUCAGCUCAUUAUUGAAGGGAUCAUAAAAGUAAGUACAAUUCUCUUUAAUCAAAGAUGUCUGUCUGUAUGAGUACUUUUAAGCACAAGUACUACUCUUUUCUUCAUUGUCCAAUCAGUGCACUUCGUACAGACUCACACUCAAAAAAACAUUUGUGGUACGAGUUUGUCUGUUCUGUGCUAAAACAUAACAGUGCAAGAGGGUCAACUCCUUGUGAAAAUAUAAAUGGCCUCCUUAUGAAUCAGCAGAAGCAAAUUUACUGAUAAUUACUGAUAUUUUAUUGAGAUAAGGUCAGGUUUCAAAAAGUCUUUUCUGCCAAUUGUCACAAAAAACAACAACAAUACACUGUACCAUUAAGUCCAGGAAGGUGGUUGUAAUAGUAGCACUCUUAGUUAAAACUUUUAAAAGCAUCUUGUAGUUCAAGUUUUUUGUGUUGUGUCAGUUUGUGACUUUGUUUUACUCCUUCAGUGACUGGAAGAAGGCAUGGAUGUUGGGGAAAGAAUAAAUAGAUCCAUCAUUUUUCAUCUGACCUGUUGAGGUCAAAUCCAAUCAUAGUUCUGGGCCCUGUCAUUAGCUUGCAACACUAACCUGCUGUGAGGGAUCAGGAGUUCGCCUGUGCCAUCAGAUGGAGAUCCAGGGUCCUGUUACAGUGUUGCAAAUGUGUUUUACAGUUUUUCAUCUGAGUCUUUAGUUUUUAGCUCUUAAGUUUUGUGCUCUCAAGAUGCAUGGCUGUAUCUUCCUGAGCACAGUGGAUGAAUAGAUGCUCUGCUAAGGGAGCUUGUUGUUGUUAAAUUACUCUCCAACUUAAAGCACUCUGCGUCUUCCAAAGAACAUUUUUCAAAGUUAAGACACAGCAAAGAAAUUUUAUUUUUUAAUGAUAAUGCAUCAGAUUUCAUAUAGCGCUUUAUCAGAGACCCUCAAAGUACUUGACAUUGGAUACAUCAUUCAUUCGUUCAUACAGUCACACCCUCCUGGUGGUCGUAAACAACCUUAGUAGUCACAGCUGCCCUGGCGCAGUUUGCACCUAUGGCCUCUCCGACCACCACUACACAACACUCACAAUCAUACACUAGUGAAGAACACACACUGGGAGCAAGGUGGGUUACGUGUCUUGCCCAAGCAAACAACAGACAGACUAGGGAUAGAGGGGAAUCGAACCGCUAACGUUCCGGUCAUUGUACGACUACUCUACCUCUUGAGCUACUGCCAUAACUCCAAAACUCUAUGGAAAUGGUCCUAGCCACCCAGGUCACUAGGUUACUACUGUCCACUCACUCUCUCAAAGUUAUCCAGCUCUCCAAGUCUUUAUUUCCAUCAAAGUCCAUAGAAACUAAGGUGACUGUGGAGGAUGGCUGUGAGGCUAGCUCCUGAUUGGCUAAUCCACUUAGCAGGUGAGCAGUCAGAAAGGGUGCAGUGAGAUUGGGUAACAAUGCUGCUGUGCACAUUAGAUCUCUUUCUGUACUGCUGACCUUUAUUGUAUCAUUGCGUCUCCUCAUUAGCAUAAAGUCUCCUUGUAACCACCAACUAAAUCAAUUUUCAUCCUGGGUUCAUGAAAUGGGGUCUUUUUUUCUGCAAUAUCAUUUCUUUGUUUGUUGUAUAAAUCAAUUAGAUGUGUGUGUGUGUUAGUGUGCUUGAAGAUGUCUUUUCUAUUCAGAGUUCAGCCUUGAAAGAUAAACCUUGAAUGCUCGGUGAGGCCGUAGGAGAUAAGUCUGACCUACAAAGAGUUUCUCAUUCUGGAUGCUGCAAUGUGCUGAGCACUUCAUUUUCAUUGUUUGAGUGUUGUUUUAUGAAAAAGUUCCUCGAGCCCGUUCCCUGCAGUUAAAUUAACAACAUUGAGGCUCCUGGCAGUUGUUAACAAAGAUAAUUAUAACAAAAAUAAGCAUCUGAGCAGUCAGCUUAAUAUUAGAAACAUGAAAACAGAUAGGCUAUUUCUCUGCCUCUCUCUUUUCUCCCUCACCAUCCUCAUCUCUGCUGUGUCCUUUCAUGACUGCUGCAUGGCGGGGUGUAUUAUGCUGACUGCAGAGAAGGAGGAGAAAGGGUGUGACAGGGAGCGCAGGCAGAGAGGAAAGGCCAGGGAUAGGAAAGCUACUGUUUCACACAGUCAAAACGUAUUCUCACACAAUCAAAAAGUAUUCUCACGCAAUCAAAAAGUAUUCUCACUUUAUUUAACUACGCAUCCUUUUUAUGUCAUUUGUGGUCAGUGGAAAGUCACUGAUUUGAAAUAUUACAUAUAUUUCACCAAGCUGUUUGAACAGACUCAUUUUCUCUGCUUGGGUAAAUUAAAUUAAAAAUAAAUUAAAACUCCAUAAAGCCCACAAAGUUACUUGUGUCAAUCACAGGCACAUUUCUGUGUUUGACUGUUGUGCUGAGAGAGUAAGUCCUUCUGCAGUGAGGCCUGUAAGAAUGACUGACAGGUUUGACAUGACCAGCAGUCUGACCCUGUCCAACCCUGUCAGAGGCUCUUAGCUGAACUAUUUUUGUCUGGCACAGUAUAAAAAAAAAAACUCACAACCACUGAGUGGGGAAAAAACGAUGUUCUCAAAUCCAUUGGUUUCUGUAUUACACUGAUAUGAGAUUAAAUUCAUUCUGUAUUUGAACAGCGAGUGAACCAGAUUUUGUGUCAUGUGAUAUUUAGAUAAUCCUAACCACAGAGAUCCCGUUUAGCCCUAUUACUACUGUAGAAUAAUACUAAUAAAAAAAAAACUUAAAAAUACAAUUAUGGGUGUAGCAGAAGCUGUUUUAGUUGUCUUCUUCAGCCUUGAAAAAAAGGGGUGCAGAUCAAGUCAGUAUUGGGUCAGAAUUUGGACGUCAUCUAAUGACCAAAAUAGAUCAAAUAUUUAGACGUCAGUAUUGGACCUCAUUUCAAAGUUAAAUUGAUGUCCGCAUUUGUGCCUCAUUUGGACGUGUGAGUGUAGUCCGCCAAGGACCAAAUCUCGACGUGCAAAAUAGAUCCAAUAUUUAGAUGUCAGUUUUUUUUUUAAUUCUGCACCUGAUUUCGACGGCAUCAAGAAGUCGAUCAGACAUCUAGACCACGUCAGAAAUGGACGUAAAAAAACUUUCAUUCUGCACCUGAUUUCGACAGCAUAAAGACGCCGAUCAGAUGUCUAGACCAGAGCAGAUAAAAAAAAAAAAUCAUUCUGCACCUCCAGAGGACCUGAUUUCGAUGUCAGAAUUGGAUGUCAAGAUGACAUCUGAAAAAGACGUCAAAAAAACUUUCAUUCUGCACCUUCAGGAGACGUGAUUUAGACAUCGAAAAAUUACGUUAUAUAGACGUCAUUUCGACGUCGCAUUACAACCCUGUAUUACUCACCGGAGGACAUCACCUCAUUUUAUAAAUAGUGAAGGAAAUCACUCGGGGAAAUGUGUGUUGACAAGUCCUCCAUGACAAAGAAACAUCUUGUCUCCAUCAAUGUGCUGAAUGUAUGAAAAAAUAGCUGUGAAAAUGUUCGAUAGUCUGUCACAAACACAGUGUGAAGUGUUAUUCAGCUGCAUCAUGUGUUCUCAUAAAUGGGUCCCUGCCUAGUUUAUGCAACAAGAACUUUUUACUCUAUUUUUAGGUUCCUAUUUAUUUGGGUUUGCAUUACCUUGUGGAACUCAGUGAAAAGAUCUAAUUAUACUCGUGUGUUUUAUUAAGGUAACAGUGCAGGAUUAUUCCUCUAGUGUGACAAAAAAUGUAACAGGACAUCACUGGCCGAGCAUCUGACUGGCCGUCUUUGAUGUAAAGUUUCAGAGUUAGCCUCAUAAAUUAUGCAUGCCCUCACUGAAAAUAUGCUGGAAACUGCAUCAAGCAUCUGUUAUGUUAACCAGCCGCAACCGCAGCAAACACAAAGUGUCAGCACGUGGCUUUAAUAAGACGUUUCAGCGUGAUUAUGUUUAAGCUCUAACAAGAUGACAUCAUGACUCGGCUUUCUUCAUAUCAGCUCAUUCACAUGUUUUUCUCUCUCUCUCCUGUUUUUCAGAGUUAACAAGCGAGCUGAAGGUGAAGCCUCCAGGCAGAAGCCAAAUAGGUAUGUUUUUAAAAAACGUUUUGAGCUCAGAUCCUCCCUCUUAAUCGUCAUUGUAUCUUCUUUGCCCACUUCUGUUAGGGAUCAGUAUUCCAUCCUAGCCUGGCUUAGGUUUCCCUUGUGCAUUAAAGGCAAAAAGAUAAACACAUUUACACCAGUCUGUUCUUGUUUUAUACACCCUAUCCCCCUCUGCCUGUAUCCCUCUGUAUCCUCACACCCUGUCAUCCCCCAGGGAAAAGAUCCUUUGUCAGCCACCCAUCCUUCUCUCUCCCUCUCUCUCUCUCUCUCUCUCUUUCCACAAUGACAUGCAGGAUACAGGCCAGACUAUCAUUGCAAUCCUCCCUGUUUUUUUCCAUAUGUGUUUACUAGCUCUUUUCAUUCUUGGGAACUAUUUUUCCUGUGUGUGUAGAUCCAGCAAAGACAGCUUGCCUCAACAGAUUUAGCUCACAGCUGACAUUAGCAGGACUCCUUGAAGAGUCUUGAUGCAGGGAUGCAGAGAUAGACACCAUUUUGUCACAGCGAAUUAGAGACAGACUGAAAAAAAAGAGAGAAGUCAAAAGGCUGUGCGAACAUGUUGUGGAAUCAAGCUCGGCUGCAUUACUCAGCCAUAAAACCCCUUAUUCUUUUUUUAAGGACAGGUUAUCCCCCAAUCCAUCAAUCAAUAACGCCAUGGCCUCUCCGCUAUUCUCCUCCCAGCCUGACGAAUUGAUCCAUCCGCUUUUUCUUUCCCUGCUCUCACUUUCCCUCCUGGUUGUCCCAGAGGGGGUGUCCACUUACAGACUUUGCUGAGAACAAGAGAGACGUGGAGCCAGGGAAAUAAGAGAGAGAGAGAGGAAGAGGUGGAAAGAGAGUAAAGAGGCAAUGAGAGGUAGCAAAGAGAGCGAUAAAAGGAUGCGGUCAGCUGCAGACACAGAGGAGGGGGUUAUGGGAGGAUAUGAAGAUGCUGUAGUCUAUAGUUAGCAUAUGAGAAAGAUCUGGGUGUGGUGAUGGGCGACAGAAGUCUUGAGACUUAAUAAAAACCUCUGAGGAUCCAUCCUGAAAAACAGAGAAAGAAAGGGAGAGUCAAGUGAAAGAAGGAGAAAGAUAACAUGACAGAAAAAAAGCAAUGCAGAUGGGUAAGACUGAAGAAAACCAAGCUAAAAAGACAACUGAGAAAGCAAGAGUGAGUGACAAAAGAGGGGAAAAAGCACAAAGAAUGAAGCAGCUUUAACCUAAAACCUUAAGCUUUUAUCAAUGAAGCACCUUAUUACAUUAGGCCUUAUAUGGAUUCAAGGAUUUAAAGUUACACCCUCAGGGCUCACCAAACCUCCCUCCACCUUCUGGGAUUCUCCUGCCCAGCAAACCUGACCUAUUUCUGUUGGAUAAGGCGUCACCGCCCGCCUUCUGUGGAUAUAAUCUCCUCCUCUGGCAAGCUGCGGCUCAGUCAGCCCUAAGGUUGCUGCUCUGAGUUUUUUAUCCACACCUCCCUCUGCUCAAGGGAGUAUUUCAGAAAUGAAAGAGCACAGGGAUUGUCUGCAGAGGCAGAAAAGACGGAACAAUAGACAGUGAGCUGCGUCAAACCUGACCUCAGCUAGAGAGGUGAAAGUUCAAGAGGAGGGUAGGCCUGAAGUGCAAGUGCGUCAUCUACCAGAGCACUGACUGUAUGUAGAGUUGGAUUUUAUGGAUUUUUAUCUCCUCUGAUUGUUCACUGUUGAAAAUCCUAAACACCAGACUUUAGAGAUCAGACAUAUUGAGCUGGUGAUGUGUUUUGAACACAGCAGGGCUCAGCUGGUGAUGCUGUUAUACUGUGUGCCCCUUCUGCUAACUAGAUAUAGACCGAUUAAUUGGGCUGACUAAUGGCUUUUUGAAACAAUUACCAGUGAAAAAAAAAAAAUCUCCAGACACUGCAGGCAGCAUAGUCAGUCAAGCAUUUCUGCCCCUCCCCUCAAUAAUGACAUGCUUUACCUAUCCCAGUGUCUGCAUAUGAAAUCUAAAACAGUGACUGGUUAGUGCUAAACAGAAAAACGCUGUUAUGAUAUAUAAAUGAAUGCAGCUAUAGCAUGAUCUAAUGUAUUUCUGUAUUUCACAAAGUAAUAAAAGAUUCAUCUUAAACAUGUUACUUGCAAAGAGAAGCAUGUUUAUGAGGGCUGUAGUGUGUUGGGAAUAAUGGGUUUGAUUAUGAUAAAUAGUAUCAUAAUAUUGCUGAAUAUGGUCCAUUCUGACAUCCAUGACUCCUUUAAUGCCUUUUGUAUCAUAUUUGAUACAUUCUUCUAUCAAGUCAAUAUGAUCAGCAAAUUACUAAAAAAACACCUGAAUUCAGUCCAAUAAAUGAUAAAAAUUUCCUCUUGUGGUUUAUCAGUUUCCAAAAACAUGUUUCCUAAUGUAUUGAACGAGAUAAAUAUAUAUAUUUGUUAAAUUUUAAGGACAUUUUGAUUUUUUUGGUGUUUAGUGGUAAGUGAAAUAAACAUUUCAGCUCCAAAAAAAUGAAUUUUCUGACCAUAAUUUGUGGUUUUAGGCAUUAAAGGGCCAGUGUUAAAAGACGACAAAGCUGUCAGUUCAGACAUCAUACCCCCUUUUUAAGCAUCAGAUAGCGAAUAACAUCAUAAUCAUAUAUGAUAAUAUAUUAUCAUAUAUGAUAAUUAUAAUCCAAUCUGUUAUAAUGUGGGAGAUCUGCUAUUUGACCUACACUGCAACUGGACUGUAGAGAGAGCUUCAAAUGUUUUGUCCUCACUUUUGUAGAGCUGUCUAAUCUUUAGACAAAAGAUGAUAUAUCAAGGCGACAUUAUGGAUAAAAUUAUAGAAUUUGAUUGUUAAAUAAUUAUAAUAACCUGGUUAAAUCAGUUGAAAGACAGCUUCAGAAGCAAGUGGUUGACGUUUUUGCUUGUUGCAGUGCUGUAGUAAGACUGGUUUUAUUCUAAAGGGUUUAUUAUGUCUGCCAAUUGUGUUCCAUAAAAUUGGAGCCAAUACAGUAAAAUCUACCCGGUCGGUUUCUUAUUGUUGAAUAUUUUUCAUUUAUAUUUGUGGCCCAACGGAAGCUCACCCUUGUAUGGAGGCACGCAAUUUGUCUUUGUUGAUAAUCUGCUUGUAUUAUACUGUAUAUUAUACAUGUAUAUUCCACCUAUCCUUUCUGAUUUGUUGUAGAAUGUGGAAAGAUUUUCAAGAUGUAUUUUUAACUAGUGCACUAUUUACACUAUUUACAAUAUCAUAAUGCCUACAGGUGUGUUUAUUGAUCACAUUUUUUUUCUCAUCUGUGUAUCAGAGUUACAGGAAGAAGAGAGGCUCCUGGAGGCCCAAUGUCAGCAGGUAGAAAACCGCUUAGCUGAGCGUGAGUGUACCUUGGGAGAGCUUCGUAAGGAGCUCAGUCACAAGGGGGUUUUAGUUGGAGCUCUCAGAGCGAAUCUCAAGGAAAAGGAGCGCCAUUUCCUGGAAGAGCUGAAACGCCGCAGCCACUGUUCCACCAUCCUCAACACAGAGCUGCAGAAACAAACAGAGGCAGCAGCAUACCUUUCCUUCCAGCUGCAUGCUGCCAGGCAGAAACUACACCACCAGCGGAUGCAGCAGAGGCAGGGACUCCUCAGCAGAGCAAACAGGCAGGGGGCCCAGUAUGGCGCCGAGCAGAACUCAGUUUCUUCUCCUCUGAUGCCGGCAGGGGCAUCACCUUCCUCCCCUGUGGUCAAACCCAAGCGUAAGAGUGUGAGGUCAUCUUUGAGAGUGGAGCGUGCUCGGGAGUGUGUACCCAUAGAAAAAGUGAUGGGGCCAGCGGAGCCUACAGCCAUGCCAGACCCUGCACUCUUCCUCCACCCGAGAAGGCACAGGGCUCGAUCCCGGCACACAGUGGCACAGAGACAGCCUCCGCUGGGCCUGGAGAGGGAGGAUGAGGAGGGAGGUGGAAGGGAGGGGCCAGUGGAGCCCCAGGAAGAAGCCUCCAGACUGGUUUCUUCAGCUGCAGCGCCCCCUGCUGCUGAGACAAAGGCAGAUUAG